AAACGCCGUUCGUGCCAAGAUCUCGGGCCUUGAACUAACGGUCGGUCCAAAAAGGCUGGUGCCUAAUAAACGCCUUUACAGUGCAAUCGACGGCACACGCCCUGACAGUGUCCAGCCUACGGGAAAAGGUGCAAUGAAUGUCGCAAGCUCCACCACUUCGCGGUUUGCUGUCGAGGAAUGUCAGGAGUUGGCCAAGUCAGCAAGGACGGCAGUGACGACUUUGACAUUCUGGAAGUUGGAACUGACAGAGGAAGCAGCAAAGACUGGAAAGUGGAAGCUCGAGUUGCUGGAAAAAAUAUUUUCUUCAAAGUAGACACUGGGUCGCAGGCCAACCUGCUACCGUUCUCAGUGUAUCGCAAGAUUGGUGAGGCGGGAAAUUUAACGCCUACAAGUACUGUGCUGUGAGCUUACACUGGGGGCAUGACUUCGGAACGAUGACACAGGAAAUAACUGUCAGUAACGCUUCCACCACCGUGAAUUUUUUUGUUGUACAGAAUGGCCGUCAAGCCAUACUAGGACUGGAAGCAAGCGAAGCCUUGGGACUUAUUCAACGCACGGUCGCCACACUACAUGCUUCCGAGUACGAAGCAAUUAAGGAUUUCAAGCAUGUCUUCCAGGGGCUAGGCUGCCUGCAGAAACCCUACAGCAUGGUCAUGCAACCGUCGGCAAUGCCAGUCGUCCAGCCAGCCCUCCGGGUUCCCCUGUCCCUGAGACAGCCACUUCGGGAGGAGCUGUGAAGAAUGGAGCGUGCGGGCAUCAUCGCAAAAGUGGAUGGCCCCACAGACUGGUAUGUCCCAGGAAAGCACCUCAUCUUGGCAGACAUGCUGUCGCGAUCGUCUCCAGUUACUCGGGACGACACCACUGGCGCCACGGACGAUGUGGAAGUACACGCAGUUGCUGUCCUGGGCUACCUGGUCACAGAUGCGACACGUCAAAAGCUGGUAAAUGCAACGGCACAGGACGACUACCUCCGGACAGUUAUCUCCUGCCUGUCAACUGGCAAAAACAUCGAAGGGGAACUAAAGCCGUUUUUGUCUGAGCUCUCCGUCGUGAAUGGUGUAAUGCUAAAAGGCACAAAAGUGGUAAUACCAAAAAGCAUGCAGCGUGACAUGUUAGCAAGAAUUCAUGUUGGGCAUCUGGGACUGCUGGAAUGCAAAGAAAGGGCUCGUCGUCUUGUUUUGUGGCCUGGUCUCAACGCGACACCACUGUUUUGAUCCAGAGUUGCCCCACUUGUCGCGAAUAUGCUUACAAGCAACCACAGGAACCACAGCUGAUGCGCCCAGUCCCUAGAUGUGCAUGGUAUCAAGUUGGUGUAGAUAUUUUUUCUUUUGGCGGAAGUUAGUACAUCGUGGCGUUCGAUGCGCUUUCUAACUUCCCAGAAUUUGAAAAACUUGCGGAUGCCACUGCGAGGGCGACAAUCGCGGCACUGAGUGCCAUGUUCGCAAGGUACGGCGUACCCAUUGAAGUGUGCACCGACAAUGGGCCACAGUUUGGAAGUCACGAGUUCGCAGUCUUUGCAAGAAGAUACGACUUCACUCACGUUACAUCCAGUCCUCGCUACCCGCAAUCCAACAGCCUAGCAGAGAAGGGUGUCCAGGUUGUGAAGCGUAUUAUGAAGAAAAGUGAGCAUUCACAGGAGGACUUCUGGCUAGGUCUGCUGGCCUACCGCUGUACGCCACUGGAGGACGGCCGAUCGCCUAGGGAACUUCGUCAAGGCAGAUGCCUGAGAGCUAAUCUUCCAGAUUUUGCUGCUGUGCCAACAACUGCGGUGAAGAAGCACCAUCAGAAAAGUAGUGGAAAGCAUCUAGCACCGAUGGCUAGAGGAUCGGUCGUGAGGUUCGGGGACAAAACGUGGUCAAAAAAAGGUAAAGUUGUCGCCACUGCUGCUCCCAGGUGCUACGAAGUUCAAACCGAGAAUCGUCGGGUAUUUAGGCGCAACAGACGACAUCUUCUGCAAACACGCGAGAGGUGUGCAGCAGACCAUAGAGUUUCUCACUAUAACACCUAGAGGGUAAA